AUGUCGUCGUCCAUCACCAUCCCCACCGGCCGAUCGGCGACGGCUGGCUACCACUCCAAGGCCGUCGACAGCUCGUCGGGCAGCUCCUACUCGAGCUCGCCCUCGCCGUCCUCGCCGUCCUCGAGCCCAAACGCAAAGAUGCUGCAGGCGCGGCGUCCCAGUCUGCUGAGCUCUGCCAUCUCGAAGCAGGAGUCCACCGUCAUCAACAUCGGCGACCCUGACGGUCCGCCUCGACUGAUCUCUUACCUGUCGUCGAGCCAGGGCUUUGCCUGGAACCCAGAAAUCUUCCUGCCGUCCUACGUCGACUGCGACUACGAACCCCUCGAGAACCACUGCGAGCCGGUGCACGAGAUUGUGCUCAGCGACGAAGAGUCGAGGGAGAUGCUGCCGCAAUAA